UUCGCCACCCCCGGCCGGUCCUCCCGUCCACCCAGUCCGGGCAGCACCACGCCGAGCCAUACCACACCACACACCACUGCGCCCCCGCACAGUGACCAUGGAGUACACGCCGCCCCCCAAGCCGCAACUCUCCUCCCGGGCCAACGCCUUCUCCAUCGCAGCCCUCAUGUCGAGCGGCAGCUCCAAGGACAAGGAGUCCCCCGAGAACACCAUCAAGCCUCUGGAACAAUUCGUUGAGAAAUCCUCCUGCGCUCAGCCUUUGAGUGAUUUAUCCAGCCUGGAUCCUCACGGGGAUUUUAGCAGCAGCCCUUCUUCCCUGUGCACCGAGCCCCUCAUUCCCACCACCCCCAUCAUCCCCAGCGAGGAGAUGGCCAAAAUCUCCUGCAGCCUGGAGACCAAAGAGCUCUGGGACAAGUUUCAUGAACUGGGUACCGAGAUGAUCAUCACCAAAUCCGGGAGGAGAAUGUUUCCUACGAUCAGGGUUUCCUUCUCUGGAGUGGAUCCUGAGGCCAAGUAUAUCGUGUUAAUGGAUAUAGUUCCUGUGGACAAUAAAAGAUAUAGAUAUGCCUACCACAGGUCUUCUUGGUUAGUGGCUGGAAAAGCUGACCCUCCUCUCCCUGCAAGGUUAUAUGUGCACCCUGACUCCCCAUUCACAGGAGAGCAACUGCUGAAGCAGAUGGUGUCCUUCGAAAAAGUCAAACUCACCAACAAUGAGUUGGAUCAGCAUGGCCAUAUCAUUUUGAACUCCAUGCACAAGUACCAGCCAAGGGUCCACAUCAUUAAGAAGAAGGAUCACACAGCUUCUUUGCUAAAUCUGAAAUCAGAAGAGUUCCGAACAUUCAUUUUUCCAGAAACAGUUUUUACUGCUGUUACUGCCUACCAGAAUCAAUUGAUAACCAAGUUGAAAAUUGACAGCAACCCUUUUGCUAAAGGAUUCCGUGACUCUUCCAGACUCACUGAUAUCGAGAGAGAAAGUGUGGAGAGCCUUAUCCAAAAGCAUUCCUAUGCCCGAUCCCCCAUUCGGACCUAUGGAGGAGAAGAUGAUCUCGGAGAUGACAGCCAGGCAGCACAAAGCAGAGGGUCAGCCUUUACAACAUCUGAUAACCUGUCCUUCAGUUCCUGGGUUUCCUCUUCGACCAGUUUCCCAGGAUUUCAGCAUCCACAGUCUUUGAGUGCCCUGGGUACCAGCACAGCAUCCAUAGCUACACCCAUUCCUCAUCCAAUCCAAGGAUCUCUGCCUCCGUACAGCCGCCUUGGAAUGCCUCUUACACCCUCUGCUAUAGCCAGCUCUAUGCAAGGUAGUGGCCCCACCUUCCCAUCCUUCCACAUGCCAAGGUACCACCAUUAUUUCCAGCAGGGUCCUUAUGCAGCUAUCCAAGGACUGCGUCACUCUUCUGCGGUGAUGACACCAUUUGUAUGAGUGAUGUAAGACAAGAGGAACACAAGAUUUUAAUUGUGCAAGUUUGCUAUUAAAAAUACAAGGGACUUUCCUGAAAGGCCUGUGGCAGGAGUGCUGAACUCAUAACAAACCAGCUUAAAAAAUGCAUUGUGGAUAUAGAUUCCUCUUUUGAGGGAUCUCAAGAAGAGAGCCUGUGGCUUGGAGCUGCUCACAGAUCUUUGUGUAACACAGCCAAAAUGGAUCCCGAAGUCCCUAGGAUCAUUGGUCACGUGCAGCUUGUUCCAAAGGUGCAUUACACCUAGUGGAAAGAAAUUAUCUUUAAGCAGCAGUGUAAAAACUAAUUAUCUAUAGAUCUUUUUUCAUAUGCUAGAUGAAUUUUUAAAAAGGCAAUACUCUUACUCAUCUUCAUCUCUUCUUGUGACUGAUGAGCAUCUAACAGAAAAAAAUUAUUGCUAUAACUUUGAGCAUGUUUUAGGCUAUCAGCAUAUAUUUGCUGAAAACAGGACAAAGUGGAGAAGACCACUAUCCUUUUUAAAACUGGCAUAUAUUCACCAAAACCAUUAUUUCUUAGUUGCUACUAUAAUCACAAAAAGAACAUUAUUAACAAGUCUUUCUUUCCCUUCCUUCCUUCCUUCCUUCCUUCCUU